AUGAAUAAAAAAAAAAAAUCUUAAAAAAAAAAUAAAAUACAGAUUUACAAUAAGUUUUCAUGGAUAUAUAUAUAUAUUUUAAUGGAAUACAGGAGAGGGAUCUACUUGACAUCUAUCCUUAGAAAUAUUGGCAGUUUUUCUUAAAUAAUCCAGUUCCUCAUCUGUUCCUUUUUCAUUUUGUAUACUGCAAGUUCCCAAGCAACUCAAAUUUGCAAACACAGCUAUGGAUACACUAUUUGCUUUACAGUAGUUAGGAGGGAAUCUAGGUCUCUGUUUUUUGUUUUUUUCCCCUCCCCUCCAUUUCUUAAUCAUAUAUAACUAGCAACAUUUAUGGCUAGAGUUUGAUUUACAAGUUUCUAAGUCUGUAGCUUCUAGUUUGAAGCAAGAAAAGAAUGAGUAGUCAGGAACUGGUCACUUUGAAUGUGGGAGGGAAGAUAUUCACAACAAGGUUUUCUACCAUAAAGCAGUUUCCUGCUUCUCGGUUGACACGAAUGAUAGAUGGCAGAGACCAAGAAUUCAAGAUGAUUGGUGGCCAGAUUUUUGUGGACAGAGAUGGUGUUCUAUUUAGUUUCAUCUUAGAUUUUUUGAGAACUCAUCAGCUUUUAUUACCCACCGACUUUUCAGACCAUCUUAGGCUUCAGAGAGAGGCUCUUUUCUAUGAACUGGAUCCUCUGGUUGAUCUCUUAAACCAAGAACACCUGCUACAGCCAAGACCUGCUCUUGUGGAAGUGCAUUUCCUAAGCCGAAACACUCAAGCUUUUUUCAGGGUGUUUGGCUCUUGCAGCAAAACAAUUGAGAUGCUAACUGGGAGGAUUACAGUGUUUAUAGAGCAACCUUCAGCACUGACCUGGAGUAGUAACUCUUUCCCUCCGCAGAUGACCUUGCUUCCACUGCCUCCACAAAGACCUUCUUACCAUGACCUGGUUUUCCAGUGUGGCUCUGACAGCACCGCUGAUAACCAGAGUGGAGUCAGGUAUGUUUCUAUAAAACCUGAUAACCGAAAAUUGGCCAACGGAACUAAUGUCCUCGGGAUACUAAUCGACACUUUAUUAAUGGAAGGCUUCCACCUAGUCAGCGCUAGAACACUAUUCUCUGAAGACAAAAGUGAAUGCUAUAGCUUUGAAAGGAUAAAAAAGCCUGAAGCUCUCACCAUGAACAAAACACUGAAACCAGAGACUACCAUCAUGUCAGAGCAAUCUCAGAAAAAGAAAUGAGGUUCCUGUUCCCUUCUAGAGUAAAGAGAAAUUGCCAUUUUCUUGUGGAAAUUCCAUAUUUAUGGCAUGUAUGUUAGUCAUAUAUGUACUCAUUUCAACUUCUGGCCUUGUCUCCUAGUAUGCCGUCUCUGGCAACCAUACCUCAGCGGUGCUUAAACCACACUAACUGCUUCCUGCUCUCUAAAUAACACUGUGCACUUGGUGCUUUGGCACAUGUUCCUUCUACCUUCAAUGCCUCUUUCCCUUUCUUUUCUUCAUGAACACUUACACAGCUCUCAAGAAUGGGUUCUGGAAUCAGACUGCUUGAUUUCGUAUCCCAAUUAAUCAGUUACUACUUAUAUGACUUGGGCAAGUCAUUUAAGCUCUCUGUGCCUCAACUUCUUCAUCUAUCAAAUGGGGAUAAUGUAUCUCUUUAUAGGAUAUGUGAAAAUAAAAGGAGAUAAUGUAAAGUACUCAACAAACUGUCUGGCACAUAGUAGACACCAAUAACUGUUCAUGAUGGCGAUGAUGAUGUUGAAGAAAAAGAAGAUUGGUGGCCUACUUUGAAUUGUACCUCUUCUGUGAGGGUGAGGCCUUGUUUUCCUCUUUUCCCGGGCAUAUUAAUCAGCCCUUUCCUCUGUAUAGACUUAUAUGCCAUCAUAAAAACAACUUUUUUCACUUGAAUGUGAGCUCAAUCCACUCAAUGGUUUUAACACUACUAUGUGGAAAGCACUACUAAACAUUUGGUGAGAGGAUAACUGUUACUAAUUAGCACCUACAUUUGGUGAAAAGCUUCUGAAUAACCUCUCCUAACAUUUAAAAUAUACAUAUACUAUGGCUUAGUGAUUCCUCUUUUAGGAAUUCCUCAUAUAUAUGUGUCAUUUUGAACACCAGAAUAAACAUCUAGAAAAGGAAACAUUAAGUCAAAGAGCAUCAAACACACAGCAGGGUUAAAAACCUGCAUGGAAGCAGCUGAGUACCUUUUUAAAAAGUACAAUUAAUUCAUUCAAAGACAUAUGUUAAACAUUUGUUAGACACCAUACUAGGUUUUCAGGAUUAAAAAAUGAGUAAGACAAAAAUUCUUAUUCUCAAAGAGCUCAUAUUCAAGAAAGAAAGUACAUCAUCUAACAGCAAAAGAUUAGAAAUAAACUCAAAGUUCAUCAAUAGGGAAUGGGUAAAUUAUGGUUCACACAAUGAAAUACUAUGGAGCCCUUAAAGAAGAAUAGGGCAACAGUUUACAAACUAAGGAAAGAUUGUCAAAUAUUUGUAAGUGGAAAAAAAGCAAGGUGCAGAACAGUGUAUAAAGUGGGAAAAUAUAUUUCCAUUAUAUAUGUGUGUAUGUGUGUAUAGUUCCCAGUUGUGGAAACAUACUCAUUUUCUUAAACACACAUAGAAUUUUCAGCAAAGAUACGGGUCACCUGUGUAGAAGGGAACAGGGUGAGUGGGGUUUGGUGUGGAAGGAAGAUUUACUUUCACCAGAUCAUGUAGAUAUAUUAUCUAUUUAAAAAAAAAGAAAGGAAGAAGAUACACCUGAAAGACUGUAUGUGUGUGGGGGGGAGGGGAGGGAAGGGAUUUUAGGAGGACUGUAAUGGCAUAGUAUGGACUAUUAUCUUAUAUUGAUACAAAUGUUAAUUUACUACUUUUCCUGUGAAAGCCCUCCACUUAGUAAAGAAUUUACAUUCCAUAAAUAUUUACCAAUUAUAGAUUUGUGCACUAGGUUGUAGAGAAGAAAUAAAUAUUUUUAAAAUUUCCUAACAGUAUCUCAACAGGUUAUGUAUAAUGUAAGUGCAAAAUACUUGAAGAUUAGUAAUGUCAAGGUUAGCAGUUGAAAAUAAUGACUCCAAUAAGAGAAAAAGCCCUAUGAAUAAGUAUUUUGUUUUUGGUGGCACUUAUCCCCUCUUUUCUGCAAAAAAGCCAGUUUAGUUGUUUUAGUGUGUCAUCUUAAUUUUGGGGAUGAUGUGUUUGGUUCCCUUGCUAGCACCAUAUUCUAGGGCACAAUAUUUCUAUUCUGGUAAGUUUUUGACAUUUUGUGAUUUAACUAGCUGGAUAUAGUUGCCAUGGUUACAUAUGCAACACUGUUUAAUUCUGUAUAGAGCUUUGCUGGUAAGAUUAUUAAAAAACUGGUAACUGGUUAAAAAAUACUGAAACAAAAAAUAUUGUUGGGGCACCUGGGUGGCUCAGUCGUUAAGCCUCUGCCUUCGGCUCAGGUCAUGAUCCCAGGGAUCGAGCCCCGCAUCGGGCUCCCUGCUCAGCGGGAAGCCUGCUUCUCCCUCUCCCACUUCCCCUGCUUGUGUUCCCUCUCUCGCUGUGUCUGUCUCUGUCAAAUAAAUAAAUAAAAUCUUAAAAAAAAAAAUUAAAAAAAAAUAUUGUAACAGGUUGGCAAAUAAUAAGACAGGAAAUGUUUAAACUACUGUUAGGGGAUGCCUGGGUGGCUCAGUUGGUUAAGCAUCUGUCUUCGGCUCAGAUCAUGAUCCCAGGGUGCUGGGAUUGAGUCCCGCAUUGGGCUCCUUGCUCAGCGGGGAGCCUGCUUCUCCCUCUGUCUGCUGCUUCCCCUGUUUGUGCUGUCACUCACUCUUUCUCUCUCAAAUAAAUCUUUAAAAUAAA